UCUGAUGAGAGAGGACCUAGAUCUCGAUAUUAAAAAAAAAACAAGAAAAAAAUGUAAAAAAAAAAAAAACCAGAAUCACAUGGUUUGGUUCCUUAUGAAGUAUGAACCUUGGGUGCAUAGCGUGUGUCACUCCUGCUGAAAGAAAAAAAAAGUGAGAAAUACUAACCUCAAACCUCAGACAGAAUCAAAACCACACUUCUCUUCUUCCAUUGUCUCACGUUAUCAGCAUCAACACAGUGUCACAUCCAUAAUCGAUCUGGUGCUAAUUUUGAAUAAACUUCUGUAUGUUAAAACUAACUCAGGAUAUCGUGAGGGGCUGAAUUGAAAGCCAUACACUGGACAAGGUUUUAAAGAUAUGGCUUCUUUAUUUGCUAGAUUAAUUUACUGGCAUAUGUUAUUUUAAUGUGGAUAGAGAGAUAUGGAGUUUAGUUAGGAAACACCAGUGGUAAAGUUGUGAGAAACAGGAAGAACAUGGCUCCGUCUAGCAAGGCUGAGAAGAAGGCUGCUAUGGAUGCAGCUGCAUGGAUGUUCAAUGUUGUUACAUCUGUUGGAAUCAUCAUUGUAAACAAAGCUUUGAUGGCCACUUAUGGCUUCAGUUUUGCCACAACAUUAACAGGCAUGCACUUCGCUACCACAACUUUGAUGACAGUUGUACUGAGGAUGCUGGGAUAUGUCCAGCCUUCUCAUUUACCCUUGCCAGAUCUUCUAAAAUUUGUUCUCGUUGCUAACUUCUCUAUUGUUGGAAUGAAUGUUAGUCUAAUGUGGAACUCAGUUGGAUUCUAUCAAAUUGCGAAAUUAAGUAUGAUCCCUGUAUCAUGCCUAUUGGAAGUUGUUCUCGACAAGAUUCGGUAUUCAAGAGACACAAAACUGAGCAUAUGUGUUGUUCUUAUGGGUGUUGGUGUUUGCACUGUUACUGAUGUGAGUGUUAACGGAAGAGGAUUCAUUGCUGCCUUUGUAGCAGUAUGGAGCACUUCUAUGCAACAAUAUUAUGUUCAUUUCCUUCAACGGAAGUAUUCUCUAAGUUCUUUCAAUCUAUUGGGACAUACAGCACCUGCACAGGCUGCAUCACUACUGUUAUUAGGACCUUUUUUAGAUUAUUGGUUGACAAACAAAAGAGUUGACAGAUAUGACUACAACACUGCCUCGUUGAUUUUCAUAUUCCUGUCAUGCACUAUUGCAGUUGGCACCAACCUAAGCCAAUUUAUCUGCAUUGGCAGAUUCACUGCGGUUUCUUUUCAAGUAUUGGGACAUAUGAAGACAAUACUUGUUUUAAUCAUGGGGUUCUUUUUCUUUGGGAAAGAGGGUCUCAAUCUCCAAGUGGUUUUUGGAAUGAUCAUAGCUGUGGCCGGAAUGAUUUGGUAUGGCAAUGCCUCAUCCAAGCCUGGUGGAAAAGAGCGCCGGAGUCACACUCUUCCUACAAACAAAACAGAAACAAGAUAGUUUAACAGAAUUCACAAAUUUUUGUUGUUUUCUAGUGCAAUGGUAUUAUUUGCCAUAGUUGAGCCGAAGAUAGCUGAUUCUAGGAAAGUGUUCUAAAUUAUUUGAAAUUAAACCUCAUUGGUUCCUAAUUAUUUUCAACCUCAUUUUGUAAUUCAUAAAAUUUGAUCUCUUUGGAUUCUUAGGUACAUUGGAUAUUUCCUUAUAGGUCUAGGUUCCCAGCAAAAAAUUUCAUCUUUGGAAUGAUUAGAUGAAUAUAUUUAUAUUCUUUCUUGACUCAUUAUUUGUAAGUGUGCAGUUGAGAUUGAUUCAGUGAUUUUUAUGUGUGAAGCACAUUAAGGCA